AUGCUUUUAAACCAGCUGAAAGAGAUCACAGGAAUUCAAGAUUCGGCUUUCCUUCACGCGGCUCUAAAGGCUGCUAAUGGAGACCUAAUGGAAGCGGUCACCUUCCUGACAGAGGAGCACGCUCAGGAGCCAGCUCAGGACGCGGCUGCCGCAGAGCCCUCCGCUUGGGAAGGAAGCGCUGUGGGCAAACAGCUUCCACAAAAUGUUGCUUCUGCGCUUACCCCUAACAACAAAGACGACCUCCGCGCAGUCGACGCCUUCGGACCACUGGAAUCACCAAAAGCUCGGGCUGCAGAAGGAGAUGCCACUGAAAGACCACAGGAAGCGCAUUCCGCUGAAAACAAAAAUCGCCCCAAAAGGAAACGCUGUGAAGUCUGGGGAGAGAACCCCACGCAGAAUGACUGGAGAAGAGUGGACGACUGGCCCGUUGGGAUGAAAAAUAUUGGAAAUACGUGUUGGUUUAGCGCUGUCAUACAGUCUCUGUUUCAGUUGCCAGAAUUUCGGAGGCUGGUCCUUGGGUACUCCCUCCCACAAAACGUGCUUGAGAGUUGUCGUAGUCGCGCUGGAAAAAGAAACAUUGCAUUCAUGCAAGAACUUCAGUGUCUGUUUGCUUUAAUGCUGGGGACACGUCGUAAGUUUGUAGACCCUUCUGCAGCACUGGAACUCUUGAGGGAUGCGUUUAGAUCCGCUGAAGAACAGCAGCAAGACGUGAGUGAAUUCACACACAAACUACUAGACUGGCUGGAGGAUGCAUUCCAGCUUGCUGUGGAUGUCAGGAGCCCUGGGGACAAAUCUGAAAACCCAAUGGUACAGCUUUUCUACGGGACUUUCCUGACUGAGGGUGUCCAUGAAGGCAAUACUUUUUCCAAGAUCGAAACCUUUGGUCAGUAUCCCCUUCAGGUAAAUGGUUAUCGAAACUUGAAUGAGUGCUUGGAAGGAGCCAUGGUGGAGGGAGAGAUGGAUGAGACGAGAGCAUCUCAGUCAGUGAAGUAUGGACAGGAGCGCUGGUUUACAAAACUCCCACCAGUACUGACCUUUGAACUCUCCCGAUUUGAGUUCAAUCAGUCACUAGGACAGCCAGAGAAAAUUCACACCAAGCUAGAAUUUCCCCAGACUAUUUAUAUGGACAGGUACCUCUACAGCAGUAAAGAGCUUAUUCAGAUGAAGAGAGAAGAAAUGAAGAGAUUGAAGGAGAAAAUGGUGAUUCUGCAGGAGAAACUGGAAAGGUACAUGAAAUACGGCUCUGGCCCGGCCCGCUUUCCGCUGCCUGACAUGCUACAGUAUGUUCUCGAGUUCAUCGCGACAAAGCCAGCUGGAGUUGUUUCUCCUACUCAGGGCUCUCGGACAACGGUCCUGCAACUUAUCCACUGUUCUUGUAUUUUGCCUCACAGCUUAGUAGAAAGGGACGACGCUCAGACUGAAGAUGGAGCUUUCUCUUUGGCAAAUUCUUUGCCGCAGCCAAACUCGAGGAUGCCGCUCCAGCCUUCUGGUUCGCCGGCAGAAAUGUCGGAACGUCUGGCUCCCCGCAUGGUUUCCGAGGAAGAGCUGAACCUUGUUCGGACGUGUCUGCAGCGAUGGAAAAACGAGAUCGAACAAGACGUGCAAGAUCUGAAGGAGUCUAUUGCCAGAAUCAACCUGUCCAUUGAACAAAUGUAUUGUGACCCCCUCCUCCAACAGGUUCCCUAUCGUUUGCACGCAGUCCUGGUACAUGAAGGGCAAGCAAACGCUGGUCACUACUGGGCCUUCGUAUACGACAAGCCUCGAAAAAGCUGGCUCAAAUACAAUGACAUCUCGGUGACAGAAUCGUCGUGGGAAGAACUGGAGAGAGAUUCAUUCGGAGGCUUGAAGAACGCCAGUGCCUACUGCCUCAUGUACAUAAGCGAUCAGGUGCCCCUCUUUGUUGCAGAGGUUGGGCAGUUUCAGAAGGAAGUCGAAGCCUUACCCCCAGAGCUGAGACACUACAUCCAGGAGGACAACUGGCGACUCGAGCAGGAGGCAGAGGAGUGGGAGGAAGAGCAAUCUUGCAAGAUUCCUCAGAUGGAGCCUUCGCCUGCUUCUGAAUCGCAGGACCUCUCUUCUGAAUCAGGACCAGAUCAGUCUUCAGUCUGUGAGCGGAGCGUGCGCUCCCUGUCCUCCGAACACGCCAUGAUUGCCAAGGACCAGACUGCCAAGGCCAUUGCCAACACCGCCGACGCCUAUGAAAAGAAUGGCGUGGAAGCAGCUCUCUGCGAGGUGAUGCUGAGUCCGGCCAUGCAAGGUGUCAUCCUGGCUAUUGCAAAAGCCCGCCAGACCUUUGAUCGAGAUGGGUCUGAAGCGGGUCUUGUUAAGGCGUUCCACGAGGAGUACUCCCGGCUCUACCUGCUUGCCAAAGAGACCCCGACCCCUCAGAACGACACCCGCUUGCAACACGUGCUCAUUUACUUCCUGCAGAACAAUGCUCCGCAGCAGGUGGUGGAACGGACCCUUCUCGAGCAGUUUGCAGACAAAAACCUCAGCUACGAUGAAAGGUCAAUUAGCAUUAUGAAGGUAGCACGAGCAAAGCUGAGAGAAAUCGGUCCCGACGAUGUCGAUAUGGAGGAGUACAAGAGAUGGCACGAAGACUACAGCCUUUUUCGCAAGGUGUCAGUUUACCUGCUGACGGGGUUGGAGCUGUACCAGAAUAGCAAGUACCAGGAGUCGCUCACCUACCUGGUCUACGCCUACCAAAGCAACACCAAGCUGCUGAGGAAAGGAACCAACAGAGGAGUGAACGAAUCGCUGAUCGCCUUGUACAGAAGGAAGUGUCUCCUGAAGCUGAACGAGGUGGCAGCAUCCCUCUUCGUAAGUUGUGAAGAAGCUCGCGUGGCAGAGGGCAUUAGCAUCCUGAACGAGCUGAUCAUCCCCUGCAUGCACCUCAUGAACAACUUCGAGAUCUCCAAAGAGGACCUGGAUGCCAUCGAGGUCAUGAGAAGCCGCUGGUGCUCCUAUUUGGGGCGCGAAGACAUGGACGCAAAACUGCAGAUGAAGCUCGGCGAGUUACUCCCCCGGCUCCUCGACUGCUCCACCGAGGUCAUUGUUCUGAAGGAGCCCCCGAAGAUCCGGCCCAACUCCCCCUACGACCUCUGCAGCCGGGUUGCAGCCGUGAUGGAGUCCAUUCACAGGGCCUCGACCGUGACGGUGAAAUAG